GACGAGAACUAGUGAGGUGUGUGUGCUCUUUAUUUUUGACACGAGUUGUUCGUUUUUACGCGACAAGAGCUUUCACUUAUUUUCUUCUUUUGGUAAAUAUUUGAAACGCCAGUGCCAAAAUCUUUACAAUGUCAACAACGUCCGAUUCCGCGCUUUCCUUGGUAGAAAGGAAGAAAUUACAGUGGGCAAGAGAAAAGGAAGAACUCGCUGCUUUAAACUCGUCUUGGAGUGCAGAUCAAAAUUGUAGGCCCUUUGAUAGAAACCCAAGACAGACUAAAAGAAGAAGCAGUCUUCCUCCACUAUAUAAAAACCAGUACAACUCUUACGACAGAGAGAAGGAAAUUGGUGGAGAGACUUCUGGAUACGGAAGCGACAACCCCAACCAAUCUCCAGAUUACGUGCAGACGUGGAACAACAACAACCAGUCGGGAUACGAGUCGUCCUCCAGCAGGGACGACAGGAUGAAGUGGGGCGACAAAGCGUUCGAGAAAUCCGAUCUUCACGAACCUCCCAAUUGGGUGAAAAGGGGGUUGAAAGGUGGGGAGAUUAUCGUUAACAACACUUCUCCGGCUGAAUCUCCGGAGCAGAGGUAUGAGGAGGACAGACCACAAACGGGAUCUAGCUAUUCACAGAAUCGAUAUACAUAUUUAAGAGGCCAAAACAUCCCCAUCGACUCGGUAGAAAUGGCUGAACGAGAACGAAGAAGACAACUAGCUAUAGCACACCAAGAAGCAAUCCGUCUACAGUUAGAAGAACGAGAAAAGCGACGAAAAGAAGAGAAAGAACGGCGAAUAAAGGAAGAAUAUGAGGAAGAACUAAGAAUAGAACGCGAGCAAGAGAUGGAAAGGAAAAGAAAAGAACAAGAAUUACAGAUCUUGCAGGAAAAACAAGAGAGAGAUAGAAAACGAAAAGAAGCGAUACAAGAAGCGAUAGAGCUGGCCCAAAAAGAGGCGCAAUUGGUAAAAAUGAGAAAAAACAAAAAUCAUUUUAUUAAUACGGAUGUAGACGAGAAAAAUUCUGAACCUAAAGGUAAAUUUGCAGAGUUGCCAAACGUGGAUAAAAAUCCUGAGGUAGCUACAUUUGAUAAUAAAGAGAAGAAAAGUAAUAGCGAGCAGUUAAAUAAUACAAAAAUAUUACCUCCACGAUCUGAUAGUGUUAACAAUGAUAUAAACAAUAAUUUAGAAAUUAGAGGAAAAAGUAUAUCUCCUCGCCAAAUUAAAGAUACUGAAAAUAAUGCCAAAAUUGUUUCACCGCGAAAUAAUACCAUAGAAAACCAAACAGCAACGCCAUCUACCUCGUUUACAAACUUACUUUCAACCCCAAGGAUAGAAAACAAUUUGGCUCUUGUCAUUCCUGCCCCUAUAGAGAACCUACAAAACCUCCAGUACGCUUUACUCAUCCCCACCACACCACAAAAUGUAAAAUUUCCUCCAGCAGAAGUGAUCACCAGAACAGAAAACAGGAUCUUAACCCCCACUCAAUUUAGAGAUAGAAACAAAAAGUUCUGCGAUAGUAGUACUCAAACAGAUGAGUCUGUUUUUGUUAGAACUGAAUCGUCUUGUGAUAACAGGGAAAAGGUAACGAGGGAAAAAUUAACAAAUCUAGAUUUGUCAUACGACAAUCGAAAUAGGAAAGAAAGAAGAAGUAGAAGUGAAAGUUUAGAAGAAAGGCCCAAGUGGGGAGUUAACAGACCACCAACAAGAUACAUUAAACAAAGCGAAAAGGAUCCUUUAUAUCAAAGACGGAAAUUAAGACAAAAACAAAGAGAAUCAAAGACUUAUGAUGACAAAAAUUCUAGUGAUGAGAGUCAAACAGCUUCACCUCGAUCUUACAGAAAGAAGGGAUGUAUGGAUAAGAGACAUUCUAGAAGUCAGUGGAAGAAAGACGAGGUGUACACUAGAAAUAUCAGAAUGUACCAAACAGAAAUAAUUCCCUUAGAGUCUGACAAGGAUCAUAUAUAUUAUAAAAGGUCGGAUUGUUGCUGUUUUUGCAGAUGUGGAAGACACAGAUGUUCUGAUGGUAGCUUAAAAGUGGACAUUUUGAAAAUAGACCAUCAUUCGCCAAGAGAUGCUCAUAUGGAAAGAACUGACAAGCUUCCAGAAAUAGAUGUUAAUGAAGAUAUGUUAGAUAAACUGUCAAGUCUACAUAAUGGGUUGCUGAUGAAGCAAGAACAGUGGGAUAGUAUGCGGAUGUCUUCUCCGGCAGCUUCUACCAGUUGGCAAUAAGAUUAACAAACUAACAAGUAGAUAGCAAGAUUUUAAAGAAGGUAUAAGACUGAUACUAAUAGGUUGCCCGAAAAGGUGUGCAGACGGAUGGACACUGGAAUAAAGCGAAAGAGU